AUGCGUUUGUCUAGAGUGUUUUCGAGGGGAAUUCACUUGGUGCCCAGGCUCAAGAAUCACCAGCAGUGGUCACAGGAUGGCAUUAAGGGCUUAAUGUCCCCAAAACAAUACAAGACGAGUUGGACAGACUACCAGAAGUUUCUGACCACCAAUCUCACCUUCAAAACCAUUGGAACCGAGCACGAGACAAGAACGCCACUAGCCAUCACCCUUGCCACGGCGAAAAAGCCCGAACUAGGCCCACUGUUCCACUACGCCUCGCAAUCUCACAACAACCACUUGUUCUUUGAACAACUGCAGGACGCCUCUACCGAUCCACCGGCGCUCAAAUCGCGUCUCGACAGACACAUCACCACUGCAUUUGGCUCACUAGAAAACCUCAGAAACGACUUUUUGUAUGCAGCUGAUAUACUGACUGGAAAUGGAUGGGUUUUUCUUGUGGAGACACAGGAAAAAACCGUAAAAAUUAUAUCUUGCAACAACGAUGGCACCCCGUAUUUGUACAGCAGAAACCAAUCGUCUGACCUUAACGGUGCCAUCAGCAUUGACGACUUCGAAAAGCUCAUUUCCAACAAGGACAGACUGAACAAGAAAAUAAAAGACUAUACCGUUCCGCUAUUGGUUUGUAAUGUUUGGGAGCACGCCUACAUUGAGGAUUAUGGAGUCAACGGUAAAGCCGAUUACCUUGAAAACUUCUGGAACUGUAUCAAUUGGGAGGUCGUUAACAAUAGACUCUUUGUUAAUAUAGGUCUCUAA